UGAGGCGGCGGCUGAGGCGGCGGCGGGGGUCGCGGUCGCCCACCCUGCGGCGGCCCGCUGUCAGUCGGCUCCCGUCCCCGGCCGGCGGGCGAUGGUGCGGCGGAGCGCGCGGACGCGGGCGGCGCGGCGGCGGGCAUGAGGGAGGAUGGAAGGGCAGGACGAGGUGUCGGCGCGGGAGCAGCACUUCCACAGCCAAGUGCGGGAGUCCACGAUAUGUUUCCUUCUUUUUGCCAUUCUCUACAUUGUUUCCUACUUCAUCAUCACAAGAUACAAGAGAAAAUCAGAUGAACAAGAAGAUGAAGAUGCCAUAGUCAACAGGAUUUCGUUGUUUUUGAGCACGUUCACUCUGGCAGUGUCAGCUGGGGCUGUUUUGCUUUUGCCCUUUUCAAUAAUCAGCAAUGAAAUCCUGCUUUCUUUUCCUCAGAACUACUAUAUUCAAUGGCUAAAUGGCUCCCUAAUUCAUGGUUUGUGGAAUCUUGCUUCUCUCUUUUCCAACCUUUGUUUAUUUGUGUUGAUGCCCUUUGCCUUUUUCUUUCUGGAAUCUGAAGGUUUUGCUGGCCUGAAAAAGGGAAUCCGAGCUCGAAUUUUAGAAACUGUUGUCAUGCUUGUCCUUCUCGCACUCCUUAUUCUUGGGAUAGUGUGGGUAGCCUCUGCACUCAUUGACAAUGACGCUGCAAGCAUGGAGUCUUUGUAUGAUCUCUGGGAGUUCUACCUACCCUAUUUAUAUUCCUGUAUAUCUCUGAUGGGAUGUUUGUUACUUCUCUUAUGUACCCCUGUGGGCCUUUCCCGCAUGUUCACAGUGAUGGGUCAGUUGCUGGUGAAGCCAACAAUUCUUGAAGACCUGGAUGAGCAAAUUUAUAUUAUUACCCUAGAGGAGGAAGCCCUCCAGAGACGACUAAAUGGACUGUCUUCAUCAGUGGAUUACAACAUAAUGGAUUUGGAACAAGAACUUGAAAAUGUGAAGACUCUUAAGACAAAAUUAGAAAGGCGAAAAAAAGCUUCAGCAUGGGAAAGAAAUUUGGUGUAUCCUGCUGUUAUGGUUCUCCUCCUUAUUGAGACAUCCAUCUCGGUCCUCUUGGUGGCUUGUAAUAUUCUUUGCCUGUUGGUUGAUGAAACAGCCAUGCCAAAGGGAACAAGGGGUCCUGGAAUAGGAAAUGCUUCUCUUUCUGCUUUUGGUUUUGUGGGAGCUGCACUUGAAAUCAUUUUGAUUUUCUAUCUUAUGGUGUCCUCUGUUGUUGGUUUCUAUAGCCUCCGAUUUUUUGGAAACUUUAUUCCCAAGAAGGAUGACACAACUAUGACAAAGAUCAUUGGGAAUUGUGUGUCCAUCUUGGUCUUGAGCUCUGCACUGCCUGUAAUGUCAAGAACACUGGGAAUCACUAGAUUUGAUCUACUUGGAGACUUUGGAAGGUUUAAUUGGCUGGGAAAUUUCUAUAUUGUAUUAUCCUACAAUUUGCUUUUUGCUAUUGUGACCACAUUGUGUCUGGUCAGAAAAUUCACCUCUGCUGUACGAGAAGAACUUUUCAAGGCCCUAGGGCUUCAUAAGCUUCACUUAUCAAAUACUUCAAGGGAUUCAGAAACAUCCAAGGCAUCUGCAAACGGGCAUCACAAAGCACUGUGAGACAUGCAGCAGCACUCUGCGAUCAAGAGAUCUGGGACCCCCACACUCCUGACAUGCCUGUCAGUCAGAAAUAACUCGCACUGACCAUGCUUCACAUUUAGGGCCUGAACCUGGCAGUGCCAUUUCUUUCAUAAGCUCCUAAGAACUUGGCUGCCACAGGCCCUCUUCUCAUUUAACUUUGUGACGAAUCCCGCAGUUGCCAGCCAAAGGCAGGCUCCUUAGGGCAGCACAUUCUUCUGUGGAUAUAUUUGCUUGCACCAAUUGAUACAAUCACCCAUAUGAGAAUGCUAGAAAAGGCAAACUUUGGGGGCCUUCUAAGAAUUCAGUUAAAUCCCAUUAUAUAUUUUAUUCAAAAUGGAGAAGCUGACGUGAAAUACAUUCUUGGUACUUGGAUGUGAAGUGAAGGCCCUGCAAAAAUGCAGGUUUAUAGGUGCCGUUAUUUCAGUGGGGGCAUUGGAGCGGUAGUUUGCAAAUGAUAUUUUUCACUUCCUUAAAGAAAAGGACAAAAGCAUAGUUCUGGUUUAUAUUUCAGAAUGAUAUUGAUUGGACUUUGAGUCAAGGGGAAAAUAGAAAAUUCUUUCAAAACCCGGUUCAUGCUAGGACACCAUGGGAAUACCUUCCUCUGUACAGUGUAGUAGACUACAUAGGAAGUAUUAUGUACUUGUAGUUCUCUGAUAUCUUUUGUGUAUGUAAUUUAAUAUUACCUCUCAUAACAUAGUUGCCAGUGUCGAACACACUUGUAACUUGGAUUUUGCCUUAUAGGCUAUAUGUACACUUAAUUUUUUUAAGCAUUUUUUCAAAAUCUCUCAGUUCCUUGUGCUCCUGUGUCUGUUAUUAAACUACAAACGCUCUGUGGUAGAACCCUCCCCCCCCCCCCGCCCCGUCACCACAUUCUUCAGGCCUUGGUUACUUUUAUAUAUGCCAGUUUACACCUCAGAUUUAUAAACGUUUCCACUUUAACACCCAGAUGCACAUUGUCAGUGUUCAUGAUGUGAGAAUAGUUUUGUAGUGUAUCAUGAUCUGAUAAUCAUUCAGUUAUUAAAUUAUAAGUAAUUCUGGGGACUUUAAGUCCACUGAAUAAAAACUAUGAAAUUGUACUCUGUAUUACCAUCCACUCAGAGUACUGAAAACUGUGCAUGCAGAAAUGAGAGAUGAGCCCCUUGUACAUACUUUGUAGUUAUGCAGUCUCUAUAAACACAUAGGUUCACAUGCACUAUGUGUAUGGCAACAGAUUGUCUGUGUUCAGACAAAAGUAAAAGAACAUUUUUCUCAAAUUGUUGAGUUUAAAGGGUGUUAUGGGAGAAAUUUAUGAAAAUCAGACUGUAUAUAAUUGACAAAAAAAUUUCCACAUAGAGCCAAAAUAAUAAGAAAAAUUAAUCUGUAUUCCUAAAUUCAAUCGAGUAUACUUCUUUAUUUAUACCUCUAUAUUUCAUUCUGAGCUUCUAUUGUUAAAAUCAGCCCAGUUUUAAAAUAAAAGAACAUUUUGUGAUUCUAAACAACACUCCAUAAAUACCAUCAGUCUAGUAUUGGUGACUCUCUCCACAUAAGAUAUGCAUAUUGAGGAAAUUAACAGAAGUUGGCUGUUUCCUAAUUUCACUGGUAAUUACACUUCUUUAAACAUUAAUUGCAAGCUUUGAUUUUUACUGAAACUUGCUUGCAAUCCAUAUUUUGAGCAGACUAAGUCAAGGGGAAAAGAGAAAGAAAAUUUUUUAAAUAAAAAAAGUCACUUGUAACUUACACUGGUUUCAGGGCACAUCCAUAGGAAGUUCUUGGGUAUUUGUAAGAUGUCUGAAAAUUUCUGAGUAAAAUAUUAAACUUUUCAGUGUCUAUAUCAAUUUUUUGUUCAUUUGAAAGUUUCUUUCCAUCAGAAAAUUUAGGCCAGGUUUGGAUUAGUAAGCAGUGAAAUGUAUCCUAAAUUCUUACAGCUGUUACUGGGUGCAUCUUCAUUGCUUUUGAGACAGAGGAUACUAUUGCCGCACGUGAAGGGCAGUUUUGAACCUUGGGUCUCAGAUGCCUUUUCUGGGAACAAUAACUGUUAAUAUACUCUGUUUGCCACAUGAUUACGGCCACUUGGGGUUCUAUAAAGAGUAUAUUCCUGGUCAUGUACACAAGAGUCUUCCUCUUGAGUAAGAGACUUAGUCUAAAUGCAGGUGUUUCUAUUGGACAUACACUGGUGGCUGGCUGCAUGAGGGCAUGGCAGAAAUGGGUGGCAGGCAGCACACUGAGGCCAAAUGUUGAAGUCUGGUAAGAACAGCCCCCCCCCCCCCCAGUCUUUCAUUUGUUGCAGUUGUUGUGCUAGUGAAGGAGAAGGCGGCUGGCUGGCCUGACACCAGAACACCCUGUGCCCACAGUCAAGAGUGGCCCCUGGGAUGGCCAUUUUAUUCUCGUUGGGUAGGGGGCUAGGUGGCUGUGUGAAGUCAGAUGCUCCAUUGACUUUUUCUCACCUUAGGAUCAACUUUAAAAGGGCAUUAGACACUGAAGUUACAAAGUUUUUUGUGGAGACUUAGCCUAUUCUUAAUUGGUUCUGUAAUACUUAUUUUAAACUUAUAAAUUUUAUAGAUAACAUUUGUAAUUUUUACUGAUUUUUUCCAAGAUAUUUCUUAGAUUUAGUAUUUACUUAAGCUUUAUAUAUAUUCUAUAUAAAAAUAGAUCUGCUCUAAAAGAAGAGACUAUAUGAAAAUCGCAUGCACAUAGAUGUUAGCUCCUUUAGCGCCACACUGAGAGGUUGAUUGAUUUGUGGAUGAGAAUGAAGUCUUCUGCAUGGUUUGACUCUUGGAAUAUUCAGGUAGUGUACUGUGUGCACCUGAUAGUUAGGGGCAUCAGUGUCUGCUUGCUUUGCUGGAUCGCAGUAGACCUACCUGUCUGUGCCCCCAUAACCGCUUAACCUGCCUACAGCACAGGCUUACAUCAUUUGAAAACCCUAUGUGGCUUUCUUUGUUGUUAGCACAGUAUUAAAUGUAUAAAGGCAGAAUUAUUAAAAUAAUUUUUAAAAAUAGCAUUUAUGCAGUACUGACUUUUAAAAAACUGGUAUGAUGUUACUUUUAAAAUAAUGUUUAGAUGCACUGGUAUAUUACUUUUGUUUACAGAGUGUUUUGUUUACAAAUUAUCUGUUGGCCAUGUUUAUUUCUAUGGGAUACUUUUAGUGUGACUUUUUGAAUGUCUUAGAAAUUAAAGUUUUACAAAAAGUGA